UCGGCUUCGUCUCCCUAAAAUUGGAAGCUGUUUUUGCUACUGUCUGGGAUGCCAGUCUUUGUCUUCGGGACGUUGUUUCUUCGACGGGGAAAGUUCUUCAAGGCCUGGCGCCAUUGGGUUUCUCUCCCUGCCUUCCUCGUGCUCCAACGCCGGUUCUCUUAUGCUUACAAAACGUAACGCCCAGCUGUUAGCUUUGAUGUCUUUGACCACAAUCAGCACGUCCUGGUUUGUGAUAAAUCGGUGCUUCACCUACUCGCCUUAUUCAAUUCUGUCUUUAAAGCAAGACGUUGUUUUUGCUUGCACACUCGUCUCUCCCUCCCCCUUCCUUUUGCUAUAACCAGGAAUAAGCUAUUCUGUAAGUGCACACUUUCCCAUGGAAAAUUUCCAUAUGCGGAAUAUAUAUAGCUCUCUGAAACAUAGCAAGCUCUUUAAUGAGAUUUAGGAUGCAGUAUCACUUGGGAUGUUUUUUAUUUCUUCUAUUUAGAAAAAAAAGUCGGAUUAGUAAACCCAAUUUUGCCUUAAUCUAAAGGAAAGUAGUAAUAAUUUGUAUAAUAAUUUGUAUAGCUCUCUGCUUUCUCCUUGAAUAUAAGAAAUAUAAGUAGCAACAACUUCUGAAACCAGUAAAAUACUAUGUUGACAUUCAUGGUUCCCUCAACGUUUUGCAUUAAGAAACGGCUCUAUUUGUGUUGUCAUGUGGGUGAAGGGAAAACAGUUGUGGAACUGUAUGCAUGUUUAAUUACGGCUGGAUUUCCAGAUAAGAAGAAAUUGAAAAAACGACACUAUGAGGAGGAAGAGGAAGAAGAAUAUGACCUUACAGGCAAAGAGUCCCAAGAAGCAGUUCCAUCAGCUGCAGGGAAACAAGUGGAAGAGUCUGGGCCCAAAGUUGAUGAAUAUGGUGCAAAAGACUACAGGAACCAGAUGCCACUUAAAGCUGACCAUUCUUCCCGCCCAUUGUGGGUGGCUCCUGAUGGCCAUGUUUUCUUAGAAGCCUUUUCACCUGUCUACAAGUAUGCCCAGGAUUUUCUUGUGGCUAUUGCUGAACCAGUUUGCCGACCUACUCACGUCCAUGAAUAUAAACUGACUGCUUAUUCCCUCUAUGCUGCUGUCAGUGUGGGUUUGCAAACCAGCGAUAUCACUGAAUAUCUACAAAAGCUUAGUAAGACUGGUGUGCCUUAUGGGAUCAUUCAGUUUAUUAAGCUAUGUACAGUUAGUUAUGGAAAGGUGAAGCUGGUCCUGAAGCAUAACAGGUAUUUUGUAGAAAGCACCCACCCUGAAGUCAUUCAGCAACUUCUUCAGGACCAAGUUAUUAGGGAAUGUCGCCUGAGAAAUGCAGAGGGGGAAGAAACUGAACUCAUAACAGAAACGUUCAAGAGCAAAUCUGCAAUUUCCAAGUCUAGUGAAAAUAGUGGACCAUCAACUUCUCAAGGGGCAGAUGGUCAGAAUAAACCAGAUGUUCCUGCUGAUUUAUUUGAAUUUUAUGAACAAAUGGAUAAAGAUGAAGAAGAGGAAGAGGAAACUCAAACUGUGUCUUUUGAAGUGAAGCAGGAAAUGAUUGAAGAGCUUCAGAAGCGUUGCAUUCAUCUGGAGUACCCUCUGCUUGCUGAAUAUGAUUUCAGAAAUGAUUCAGUGAAUCCAGAUAUUAACAUAGAUUUGAAACCCACAGCUGUUCUCCGACCAUAUCAGGAGAAGAGUUUGAGAAAAAUGUUUGGGAAUGGUCGUGCUAGAUCUGGGGUUAUCGUCUUGCCUUGUGGUGCUGGCAAAUCGCUUGUAGGCGUAACAGCUGCUAGCACCGUCCGUAAGCGGUGCCUAGUAUUGGGUAAUUCUGCUGUCUCAGUGGAGCAGUGGAAAGCCCAGUUCAAGAUGUGGUCUACCAUUGACGAUAGCCAAAUCUGCCGAUUUACUUCUGAUGCCAAAGACAAGCCAAUUGGCUGUUCUAUAGCUAUCAGCACAUACUCCAUGUUGGGACACACAACAAAGAGGUCAUGGGAGGCAGAGAGAGUGAUGGAAUGGUUGAAGAGCCAAGAAUGGGGUCUGAUGAUCCUUGAUGAAGUGCAUACCAUACCUGCAAAAAUGUUCAGGCGUGUGCUCACUAUUGUUCAGGCCCAUUGCAAGCUUGGAUUAACAGCUACUCUUGUCCGGGAAGAUGACAAAAUUGUAGACCUGAAUUUUCUGAUUGGGCCUAAACUCUAUGAAGCCAAUUGGAUGGAAUUGCAAAACAGUGGUUAUAUUGCUAAAGUCCAGUGUGCUGAGGUUUGGUGUCCAAUGUCUCCUGAAUUCUACAGAGAAUAUGUAGCUAUUAAAACAAAGAAACGGAUAUUGCUCUAUACCAUGAACCCAAACAAAUUUAGGGCUUGCCAGUUCCUGAUUAAAUUCCAUGAACGAAGGAAUGAUAAGAUCAUUGUAUUUGCUGACAAUGUGUUUGCUUUGAAGGAGUAUGCUGUUAGAUUAGGCAAACCUUAUAUUUAUGGGCCUACAGCACAGGGGGAGAGAAUGCAAAUACUGCAGAAUUUCAAACACAAUCCCAAAAUCAAUACCAUCUUUAUCUCCAAGGUUGGUGAUACAUCUUUUGAUCUGCCAGAAGCCAAUGUUCUCAUUCAGAUUUCAUCUCAUGGAGGUUCUCGAAGGCAGGAGGCUCAGAGGCUGGGUCGAGUCUUGAGAGCUAAAAAAGGAAUGAUUGCAGAGGAAUACAAUGCCUUUUUUUAUUCUUUGGUCUCUCAGGACACUCAAGAAAUGGCAUAUUCUACAAAACGUCAAAGAUUUCUAGUAGAUCAAGGUUACAGCUUUAAGGUAAUUACUAAACUUGCAGGUAUGGAAGAGGAAGAACUUAUGUUUUCAUCCAAAGAAGAGCAGCAGCAGCUCCUCCAAAAGGUUUUACAAGCUUCUGACCUGGAUGCUGAGGAAGAGGUGGUUGCAGGAGAAUAUGGUUCCAAGUCAUCUCAGAUAUCUCGACAUUACGGCACAAUGAGUUCUAUGUCUGGAGCAGAUGAUACAGUUUACAUGGAAUAUCAAUCCUCACGAAGCAAGGCAUCUUCAAAUAAACAUAUUCACCCACUCUUUAAACGCUUUAGGAAAUAAUAUCAGGAAAAUGCAUUAUAGCUAUAAAAAUGUUAAAAUUUCAUAUUAUUUCAUAAUUAAGGAAAUGGAAUAAGCAAUUUGCUCACAACUGAAGAUAAUUAUUUCAGUAUUCUAUAUUCUUGGAAUACUAUUAACUUUAUUUUUAUUUAACAGUUUCAGAGAUUCUUAAGAAUAUUUGAAUGUGUUUUAUAUUUAUAUUUGUAGUAAGAUGAUCAUAAGGGUGCAAAUACCUGAAAGCACUGAAUAAAAACACUCUAUAUUAAAAGAUUCUCAUCACCCUA